AUGGCCGACUUUCUUAGGGAUAAGAAGAUGCAGGUGGGCAAUAUCACCCUAUCAGACAAUGCUGCAUAUCCGGUGCAAGACUUUCACUUACGAUGAAUCAGGUCGUUGCCUUCUCUUCCGCCGCGGUGGCUCUCUACGGAUACGAUCAGGGCAAGGCAUCUUCGAAGUCCGAUACGUAUCUCUUCUCAACCAGCUAACAUGGUCCCCAGGAAUGAUGUCACUGAUCAACACUAAUUACAACUACCUGUCAAAGAUGGGCAUCUCCUCCGAAGACCCUCAAGUCGGAGUCAUCGUCGCAGUCUAUUACCUCGGCUGUUCCGUCGGAGCGGUUAUUUUCUCCUGGUUGGCAGACCAGUACGGCCGCAAACCAGCUCUCUUCGGAUGUCUCGCAACAGCAUCUCUCGGGAAUCUCAUCAUGUUCAUUGCUGGCUUGGGAUUCAGCAAAGGUGCUCUCGCCACGAUGUACAUAGGGAGAGUUGUCAUGGGACUGGGAGUUGGAGGGAUCGAUUCUGUCGUUCCGGUCUACAGUUCUGAACUGUCGAAUGAUGAUGCUAGAGGAAAAGCAUUGGCGCAAGAAUUUCAGGCGAAUAUCUUCGGUCUGAAUAUGGCUUUUGCCAUCAAUCUGGCGGUCACGGUCACACUUGGGAAGCAGAACCAGUGGGCUUGGAGGAUUCCGAUUAUUGCGAUGCAGGUGGGGCCACCAAUUCUCAUAUCGACGGAAUUUUGGCUGACGCGGUACUAGGUAUAUCCGGUGAUACUGAUGAUCUUCAUCGGUGCUCUUCCAGAGUCUCCUCGAUGGUUCUGCUUCCAUGAUAAGACGGAAGAGGCAACGGAGUCCUUGAAGGAGUUCAUGAGCGAAGACGAAGCGAAGACGAGGUGCGAUGAGCUUAUGGAAGCUCAUCAACAGGAAAGCGAUUCGCAUGUCUCUUACACGGAUAUGUUCACUCCAGGCCAUUCGCAGUUCCAUCCGACCAUUCUUACGAUUAUGGGACAGGUCAACCAGGCCUUGACGGGCUACGGAGGUAUGGGUGAAACCGGUUCAUGCCUCAUGGUACAUCUGCUAACAAGUGUCUCAGCUGUGUCUGUGUAUGGCCCGCAGAUCUUCGAACUCUUGGGAUAUGGAGUCCGUCUUGCCGAAUAUCUCACCAUGGCGAACUACGUCUCUUACUUCUUUCUCAUGACAUUCGCUUGGCUGCUCAUCGACGCCGUUGGCCGCCGCACCCUUCUGCUCAAUGGAUCUGGAACACUAACACUAUGCUUCUCCCUUCUAGCCCUUUUCGGCGGUCUCUCCUAUCACUCCGACGAAUUAAACAUCCACAACAAUGCCGUCGCCGUCCCAGGAAUUGUGGUCCUCUUCAUUGCUACAGGGACAUUCGGAAUCUCGUGGCUCGUGCCGGCCUGGCUGAUCCCUACGGAAAUAUACCCUACUACCUGUCGAGCUCAAGGAACAGCAGUAUCCGUCAUCAUCUGGGGCCUAGCCAACUUCACCGUCACGCUGAUCACUCCGCUGAUGUUCAACAAUCUCAAAUUCUACCUCUUCCUCGUUUUCGCGGCGACCAACCUCUUUGCUGGUGUGUGGACUUACCUUUAUUGUCCCGAGACAGGCGGGCGUACAUUCGAAGAAAACCAGGAAUUCUUCGAGCAGGCGAAGAAGCAUGGUACUUGGAGGGUGUCUCAAGUACAGGACGGGGAGUUCAGGUGGUUGCCGUACCCGAAGCCUGAGAAUCCGGAUGAUGAAAGCCAGCCGCUCUUGAGGAGGAUUAGGGAUCAGGUUAACAAUUAG